AUGGAGGAGAAUAUACAGAACACUAGCGACUAUGUCUCGCUGUGUGAGGACUGGUGCCCAGGGCAGACCCUCCCCGACAGCUGCCCCAUGUUUGCCGUGGACUGCGAGAUGGUCAUCACGAAAGAUGGAUACGAGCUCGCCAGGGUGUCAGUCGUCGACGAAAAGCUGGUCUGCGUCUACGACAAACUGGUAAAACCGGACAAUCCGGUACUGGACUACAAGACGGAGUUCAGCGGGAUCACACAAGAAAUUCUGAAAAACGUCACCACUUCUCUGUCGGAGGUUCAGAAAGACCUGAGCACCCUCCUACCCCAGCCAUGUAUCUUGAUCGGACACUCGCUCGAGAAUGAUUUCCGUGCUCUCAAGAUGACCCAUCCCUUUGUUAUCGACACGUCUUGCCUCUUCCAGGGCCCCCCUGAAGCCAUGACUAACUGGUUCAAACCCAAACUACGCAUGCUGGCCAAGAGAUUUCUCGGGAAAGAGAUACAGACUGGGACGAACGGGCACUCGCCCACUGAAGAUGCACAGUCUUGCAUGGAACUGGUGCUGAGGAAGCUGAAACUGGGAGACAAAAUGUCGCUACACAAGACAGAUCGGAGCAUACUGAGCGAAGUAGCUAGUCGCGGUCGACCGACGGCCAUAGUUGAUCGCAGUAGCAUCGUAAAGUUAUUUGGAGGGUUGGCUAGUCACUACACUGUCUCGAGAGACGAGGAGGUGUUGGAGGAGGGGAGGGACGCAGUUUCAUCUCAUGACCUCACCUUUCUCCAGUUGCACAGCUACGAAGACUCGAUCAAGGGAAAGGCAAAGGCUCCUCCGGAGCACAGUAGAGAUCGAGUGCUGCGCCAGCUGGACAGUGAGGCGACGGACUUCCUGGUGAGCCUUCCUCGUGGCACACUGGCCCUGGUUGUGUGUGGCAGCAAUGACAUCACCAGAAUGAAGAGUCUGCUGCGACUGAAGCUGAGGGACAAGGUGAAGGAAACUGGUGGCCACCGCUCGAACUGGUCUCGCUCUCGCUUUCAUCACAUGACAGCUCACAUGAUCCUCUAA